GUCAAACUCUUCCUUCGAUAUUUCUACAAGCUUCACAUCCAAUUCUCGACCUCAAGCUGACAAAAAGACCACGGCGAGAUGAAAGAGGCAGCUGGUCCUUUCCUGGCUAUCUUGGUUGAAAUGCAGUCAUAGUCUCACUGCACUACCGUACCUUGGCACGUGAGCAACUCGAGCUUCAAAAAAUCAUCCCCGUCAACUCGACCAUCAGCUCGACAACCCAGCUCGAAUUCAACGCCCCAAGAUGGCGUCCCACAGCUCAAUUCGAACCAUGAUGUCUCCUCUUCUCGCCUCAUUCCGCUCUCUGGCUCUCACUCCAGCUUCCAGUAACGUCCCUCGAACAACCUCACUCCUCAAUUCCUCGACACGCGCAUUCAGCGCAUCACCCAAUGUGUCCUUCCGUGGCGGUCCAGGCGGUGGAGGAGGUGCGAAGAAGGGAAACUCCAAAUCGAAGAAGGGAGGACCAGCGAAGGAUCCAAGGAUUGGGUUGAUACGAUAUUAUCUGCAGCAUCCUCAAACGCCUCGGCCAUUGAGGUUCAGUCGUACGAGAGCGUUGAGACAUUGGACUAUUCAUCGAGCGUGGAUGUUGGCUAGAAGGAAAAAGCUGGAGGCUGAGGAGAGGGAGUUGUAUAGAAUGUACCAGUCAAUGCACUCAGCUUGCGAAGAGCUUCGAUUGCUUGAUGCACCAGGAACAAAAGACGAGGGAAGACUAUACAGAAUUGCAAUGGAGAAGAAGGGUAUUUUCGGGCAUGGGGGCGUACCAAUUGAGUAUGCUAGGAUGCAGACUGAUACCCCUGGAGCAGAGGCAUGGAACCAUGGUUGGACAAGAUAAUGGAAUAUUGAAUGAAGGAAGGGAUAUGUACGACUACGAUACGAACAGCGACGAGGCUUGACCUCGUAAUACCUGGUAUCUGCUAGACAUCAAGCGGAAAGUAGGAUCACAAAUGUACAAUAUUAGAAGAAGAUGACCAGUCCACUUCA